AUGUGCCUAGUAAAUGACACUGAAGCAAUAUCAGGAUUAGGUGCGUCAGACGCUAAGUCUGGCGCACGGCCAACCCUUUCCGGCACGAGACCGAUAUUUUCACGAGAUAAGCCAGUCCAGUGGGAGUUAAAAGCAACAACACUAACAAUGGCGUGCCAACGAAUUACUCGAAAAAUUAUUUCGCACGCAAAGAAAAUCAUUCACGUUUUUCUAUUGUUCUCAAGGCUGUACUCUAUCGGACGACCUUGUCAGAAAUCUGGAUAA